AUGAGCGUUCCAGCCUCGGGGACACAAUCCUCAACCUCACACCCUCCUGAUGUUUCCUGCAGCAGCACACCUGAGGAUCAGAGUUCCUGCUUGUUGGAAAGUAAUUUCGAGGGUUCAUCACCUGACGACAGUGUUGAAGAUUUAUCAGAUCUGAAGUCUCUCAGAGACUCUGAGUAUUUCAGAGACCUGCAGGACAGACGUGCAGACGACACUGAAUCCUCUGAACACCUCCCGUCUGUGAUCGUCCACCCUGAGGAGAACGUCCAGCCUGAUCCUGGUCUCCUCCCUCACCCAGCACCUGAGCGUGGAACAUUCAGGUGGAAUCUCUGCCCACCUCACGCCGACAUGAACCUGCUGUGUGAUCCUGAGAUGGAGAUGAGUGUGGAUGAGUUAGACAUGGACAGUUUCCCCAUUCUGGUCAGGUCCAUGUCCACCUCACGGAGACACAGCUGGGACGCUCCGCUGUUCCCGCUCGACCUGGGCAGAAGGUUGAGUCUGGACACCAGGAGUAUAGACAGUGACGUGGAGCGUGACGAGCAGAAUCAGUUUCACAGCCUGGUGGAAAACUUCACGACAUCUGAACUUAUAGAGUCAUCAGCUCUGACCCCGGACAGGCUGGAUGAAAAAUCUCGUGCUGAAAAAGUCUCUCGGAUUCUAGAAACAUCCAAACAAGCUGCAGGAGAGGAACAUGAUUCAGAUGAAGCUCUGUGUUCAGCAGAAGGUCGAUCACACGUGAGUAAACGACGAGGCUCAAAUGCAGGAAGGAAGGAUUUGGGGAACGUCACCUGGUACGAGUUCCUCUCCAACGAAAAUGAAGAUGAGGAGGAGGACCGGGUGGAGCGGACUGAGAAGGGGACGAAGGUGAAGCGCACUCUGAGUUCCUUGAGGAACCGGAUGACCGGAUCGUUCAACAAAGACAAGGGUAAGAACCGUGAGAGAGAGCGAGAGAAAGAGAGAGAGAAGGAGAGAGAGCAUGAGAGAGAGCUGAAGGGUGGCACUCGUAUGGUCAGCAGCAGAUGUAACGGGCACCAGCUCGUCCGUGGCUCGUUUUCCAGCAGAGCCACGUGCUCACUGUGCAGUAAGAGCUUGCAGAGGAAGCAUGGCCUGCAGUGUGUCAGUGAGUACUGCAGUAACACACACUCGCCCACAUGCCUGCGUCCACAGAGCACACUUCACGCGGCGCUGGUUACAGACUGUGCCGUGAACGUCCACAAAACCUGUAAAACGUUUCUACCAGAGUGCAGCAACAACAAAAACAAGACUAAAGAUUUUGCACAGAGGAUCCAAGCAGCUCAUCAGAUCUAUAACCAAGAUACCGUCACUCUAGCGACUCUAGAUGAGCUCGGCUGA